UCCAGCCAAUGAGUGCGGAGCAUGAACUGCGUCAUUUACAGCUAAAAACAUCAAAACCCGAGUAGCUCGGUUCGAGUCCAGUUUCAGUCAGACAGACACCCAGCCCGCUGGAGACCCGUUCACCCAACACCGUGACCCGCUAAGCGGCUGCGGGUAACAUGUCUGCGGGCUCCAGGAACACGGAACCGUGGGGAGGGUUUGACGACAACCUGAUCCAGGGUGGCAGCUCAGCUGUCAUUGACAUGGAGAACAUGGACGACACAUCUGGCUCCAGCUUUGAGGACGUUGGCGAGAUGCAUCAAAGGAUGAAGGAGGAGGAGGAGGUGUCUGCAGAAGCCGCGGCAGCUGAAGACGACGGUGCAGAUGAUGGAGAAUUUCUCGGGAUGAAGGGGUUAAAGGGUCAGCUGGGUCGACAGGUGGCUGACGAGGUGUGGCAAGCGGGUAAGCGGCAGGCCUCCAAAGCCUUCAACCUGUACGCGAACAUCGACAUCCUGAGGCCGUAUUUUGAUGUAGAACCGUCGCAGGUUCGCAGCAGGCUAAUGGAGUCCAUGAUCCCCGUCCGCAUGAUCAGCUUCCCUCAGAAGGUUGCAGGUGAGCUGUAUGGACCGCUGAUGCUCGUCUUCACUCUGGUGGCAAUCCUGCUGCACGGCAUGAAGACGUCUGGGACUGUCAUCAGGGAGGGAACUCUGAUGGGCACGGCCAUCGGUACCUGUUUCGGUUACUGGCUCGGCGUCUCCUCCUUCAUCUACUUCCUGGCUUACCUGGUCAACGCUCAGAUCACAAUGCUGCAGAUGCUCUCCCUGCUGGGUUAUGGCCUGUUUGGUCACUGCGUCGUCCUCCUCGUUACCUACAACAUUCAUUUCCACUUGCUGUUCUACGCCAUGUGGCUUCUGAUUGGAGGACUGUCCACGCUACGGAUGGUAGCGGUUCUGCUUUCUCGGACCGUGGGUCAGACUCCUCGUUUGCUGCUCUGUGGGAUGCUGGCUCUGCUGCACAUGAGCUUCCUGCUGUACCUGCACUUCAGCUACCACCAAAUCCUGGAAGGACUGCUGGAUUCUCUUGAAGGACACAACAUGGCUCCCAUCCAGCGGGUGGUCCGAGAUGUUCCUGAAGUGACGCUCAACGCUACCGUGAGGAGCCUGGGGGGGAUGCUGAUGGCCCAGUGAAGGGGUGGGGUGGGGGGAUGAGGGGGCUGCUUGUAACUUAUCUAAGACUUUAUUUCAUUCACUUAAAGCAUUUUAGAUUUUUAGAGAUCAAUAACUUUAUAGAGGACUCGUCUCUGUUUCGUGUUUAGUGGGAAUCUCCGAUUAUCUCUGUUCUGAUAAGUGUAGUUGUCUCUCUGCUAAUACCUGCAAUAAAGUAUCAAAGUAUUUCUA